AUGGCUAACAUAAUGGUCAUAUUUCAAAUAGAGCCGAAGAAAGUUGAUGAAGCCUUGAAAGACUCUAGUUGGGUACAAGCUAUGCAAGAAGAACUUGAUCUGUUCGACAAAAAUCAAGUAUGGACAUUGGUGCCCAAGCCAGCAAAUGCGGCAAUCAUUGGAACUAAAUGGGUAUCUAGAAACAAGUUGAAUGAAGAAGAAAAGGCUACCUUCAUAUGUCAGACAAAAUACACGAAAGAAAUGAUACAGAAGUUUGGAAUAAGCAAUGAAAAGGCUCUUGGAACCCUUAUUAGCCCAUCUACCACCCUUGACAAAGAUGAGGAAGGAAAACCGAUAGAUGCAUUAAAAUAUUGUGGGAUGAUUCGGUCACUACUUUACCUUACUGCCAGUCGACCUGAUAUCAUAUUUAGGGUGUGUAAAUAUGCCAGAUAUCUUAUUGGAACUACAUCACAUGAACUAUGGUAUCCUCAUUGUAACAAUUUUAAGCUUGGAAAAUUCGCAUAUGUAGAUCUUGCAGGGGAUAAAGAUGAUAGAAAGAGCACAAGUGGAACAUGCCAAUUGCUGGGAAAAUCACUUAUCUCCUGGAAUAGCAAGAAACAAGGAUCAGUUGCACUAUCCACAACAGAAGCAUAA